AUGGCGACUGGUGAUGGCACAGAGGCGAUUUGCUCCUCCACCUGUCCAGCUCUGAAGUUCUACGAACUCUGUCCCGCGUACUCACUUUUAUUUCUGGGUGCAGGUGCACUAACAGAUGAUGGAGCAGGGAUUUGUAGAGAAAACGAGCAACGAGCGUUGGAGACCUUGAAGAAAGAAGUAUAUGAUCCCUCGAAUCGUCUCGCUUCUUGGGUAGUCGGAAAAGAUUGUUGUGAAUGGGAAGGGGUCGUGUGCAACAAUCUCACUCGUCAUGUGAUUGAGCUAAGAAUUUAUGUUGAUUGGUUUGAGUCGAGAUAUCUAAGGAUCAAUAACCUAGAGUGGUUGACAAGUCUUUCGAGUCUUGAGAACCUGGAGAUAGAAAGUGUUGAUCUUAGCAAAGCUAAUGAAUGGCUACAGGUUAUUAACAUGCUUCCUUCUCUUGUUGAUCUUCGUUUAUCCAAUUGUAGUCUUCAUCAUAUAACACCUCUACUUGAUUAUCAUAAUUUUUCUUCACUCAAGUCUCUCAAUCUUUCUGAGAAUUACAACCUUGGUUCUUCUGUUCCGCAAUGGGUUUUCUACCUUCCUAAUCUCGUUUCUCUUGACCUGAGUUACUGUGCGAUACAAAGUAAGAGCGGAAACAUAACAAAACUUAAAUAUCUUGAUCUUUCUGAAAAUAACCUCAACUCCACUAUACCAAAUUGGCUCUAUGGAUGCAAAGAUCUAGAAUCACUUGGCCUUGGUAGAAAUCGUCUUGAAGGAACCCUUUUUCUCUCAGGAAAUCUGUUUGAGGGAGAUAUAUCUGAAUUAUUCAAUGUUAGGAGUAAUUUCCUUUCAGUUGGAUUUGGAAAUACUUCUUCUUUAACUGAUUUGAGACUAGACGAUAAUAAACUCACAGGAGCUCUUCCGGAAAGUGUUGGCCAUCUUUCAAUGCUAGAAUACUUUUUCAUCUCUAACAAUAGGUUGGAAGGUGUUGUAACAGAAAGUCAUUUCUCUAAAUUAACACAUUUACAAUACUUUGCUGCAUCUAGAAAUAAUCUGACUUUAAAAGUGAGUCGGAAUUGGAUUCCACCUUUUCAAGCCACAGACAUUGUAUUACGCGGCUGGAAUAUAGGCCCUUUGUUUCCCAUGUGGCUCCGAACUCAAAAGCGGAUAAUGAAUGUCAACAUAUCAGAUGGUGGAAUACAUGGUGAGGUUCCAACUUGGUUUUGGAACUUAUCUUCUCAAAUUCGAUUUCUCAAUCUUUCUCAUAACCAAUUUGUUGGUGAGGUUCCAAUCAUCUCGACACCUUCGUGGACGGAUGAACAUGAAGGUCCUUGGACAAUAUACUUGGGUUCCAACAAUUUUAGUGGACCAUUACCUUUGAUUUCAACCAUUGUAAGUGAGCUAGAUCUCUCAAACAAUUCUUUUUCCAAAGGUUUAUCUAACUUUUUGUGUGCAGCAAAGAAUGGAUCUUACAGAUUAGAGAUCUUAAAUCUCGGGGGAAAUGAUUUAUCAGAAGAAAUUCCUGAUUGUUGGAUGAAUUGGCCAAAGUUGACGGUUUUAAUCUUGAGGGACAAUAAUUUGAUUGGAAGCUUACCAAGAUCUAUGGAGGUUUUGAGUAAUUUGCGAUCAUUAGACUUACGAAGAAAUAGACUUAACGGUCUGUUUCCUUCAUCCUUAGGAAACUGCACAAAAUAGAUUUAGCUGAGAAUGAGUUUAUUGGAAAGAUACCAUCUUGGUUAGGAAUGAGGUUUCCAACCUUGAUAGUCCUUAUCCUUCGGUCCAAUAAAUUCGAUGGUGAAUUGCCUCAAGAACUUUGUCAUCUCAAAGAUCUUCAAAUCUUAGACCUUGCAAACAAUACAUUUGUUGGAAUCAUACCAAGGUGUAUUGGCAAUUUGAGUUCGAUGG